CCCCCUCCCACACAGGUGUUUGGUGACAUGGACCAGGUGCGGAUGACCUCGGAGGGCUCGGACUGCCGCUGCAAGUGCAUCAUGCGGCCACUGAGCAAGGACGCGUGCAGCCGGGUGCGCAGCGGCCGUGCGCGAGUCGAGGACUUCUACACGGUAGAGACAGUGAGCUCCGGCUCCGACUGCCGCUGCACUUGUACGGCCCCGCCCUCCUCACUCAACCCCUGUGAGAACGAGUGGAAGAUGGAAAAGCUCAAGAAACAGGCACCUGAGCUCCUCAAGCUGCAGUCCAUGGUAGAUCUCCUGGAGGGCACCCUGUACAGCAUGGACCUGGUGAAAGUGCACGCUUACAUCCACAAAGUGGCUUCUCAGAUGAACACCCUGGAAGAGAGUAUCAAGACCAAUCUGAGUCGGGAGAAUGAGGUGGUAAGGGAGAGCAUGCGCCACCUCAGUGACCAGCUGAAGCACUAUGAGAACCAGUCAGCCAUCAUGAUGAGCAUCAAGAAGGAGCUCUCCAGCCUGGGCCUCCAGCUGCUGCAGAAGGACCAAGCCACUGCCCCUGCUGCCGCCGUAGCCGCAGGCCUUGAUAGCAAGGCUCAGGAUACAGCUGGGGGAAAAGGCAAGGACACCAACAAAUAUGGCAGCGUGCAGAAGAGUUUUAUAGACAAGAGCAUCCCAAAACCCCCUAAGGAGAAGCCGCUGAAGACGGAGAAGCUGAGGAAGGAGGGUGGUAAGGGCCGAUUUCCCCAGCCCACAGUCAAGCCCCGGGCCCUGGCCCAGCAGCAAGCCGUGAUCCGAGGCAUCACGUACUACAAGGCGGGCAGGCAGGAGACAACCAAGGCUGUGGCUGACAACACCCUCAAGGGCACUUCCUGGCUGGAGCAGCUGCCACCCAAGGCGGAGGGCAGGCCACCUGAGUCCAACUCAGCGGAGCAGGAUGAGGCUGCACCCAGGACCUCAGAGGGAACAGACAUGACUCCCAGCACCCCCACCCCUGACCCUACCACCACUCCUACCCAGACUCCCACCACCAGUCUGCUGCCCACUGUGUUGCCUUCAUACGUGGAAGUCCCCAGCCAAGGCAGAGAGGUGAGCUGUGAGGGUACCCUCCGGGCCGUCGACCCUCCUGUGAGACACCACAGCUAUGGGCGCCAUGAGGGUGCCUGGAUGAAGGACCCUGGAGCUCAGGAUGACAGGAUCUACGUCACCAACUACUACUAUGGAAACAGCCUAGUGGAGUUCCGCAACCUGGAAAACUUCAAGCAAGGCCGGUGGAGCAACAUGUACAAGCUUCCUUACAAUUGGAUAGGCACAGGCCAUGUGGUGUACCAGGGCGCCUUCUACUACAACCGUGCCUUCACCAAGAACAUCAUCAAGUACGACCUGCGGCAGCGCUUUGUGGCCUCCUGGGCGCUGCUGCCUGACGUAGUAUAUGAGGACACAACACCCUGGAAGUGGCGCGGCCACUCAGACAUCGACUUCGCUGUGGAUGAGAGUGGCCUAUGGGUCAUCUACCCCACGGUGGAUGACCGCGAUGAGGCCCAGCCUGAGGUGAUCGUGCUCAGCCGCCUGGAUCCGGGCGACCUCUCCGUGCACCGGGAGACCACGUGGAAGACCCGACUGCAGCGAAACUCAUACGGGAACUGCUUCCUGGUGUGUGGCAUCCUGUAUGCGGUGGACACAUACAACCAUCAGGAAGGCCAGGUUGCCUAUGCAUUUGACACGCACACGGGCACCGAUGCUCGACCCCAACUGCCCUUCCUCAACGAGUAUGCCUACACCACCCAGAUUGACUACAACCCCAAGGAGCGGGUGCUGUAUGCCUGGGACAAUGGUCACCAGCUCACCUACACUCUCCACUUUGUGGUCUGA